UUAAACCCUUUUCCUUGUUGCAUCUCCGUCGAAUAGGGUUUUGUCAAACAAAGAUGAGUCUGGUCGCGGGAUCCUACGAGCGCUUCAUCUGGGGCUACAAGCUCAAAUCCCGGAAACACCCCCAUUCCCUCACCCUUACCCCACUCUUCUCCUUCCCCUCCCAUCUCUCUACCAUCAAGGCCGUCGCCGUCGCUGGAUCCGCCGCCGUCUCUGGCGGCAACGACGACACCAUCAAAAUCUACGACCUCUCCUCCUCCUCUGAGAUUGGUUCCCUCCACCACUCCUCCUCAAUCACCUCUCUUUCAUUCUUCUCCCCUCCUCCUCUCUCAUCCUUCCCCCGCAACCUCCUCGCCGCCGACGCAGAGGGUUCUCUCUCCAUCUACGAUGCUGACCCCUUUGUACACCUCAAGACCCUCAAAGUACACAAAAAAGCUGUUAACUCACUCACUGUUCAUCCCUCCGGGAAGUUAGCCUUGACUGUCGGCCAUGAUGACUGCUUGGCGAUGGUCAAUUUGGUGAGGGGAAGGCGUAGUUUUUACUGCAAGUUGAGUAAAGAGGCGUCUGUCGUGCAGUUUGAUCAAACUGGCGAAAAAUUCUUCAUGGUUGUCGAUGAGAAAAUCAGUGUUCACGAAUCCGAGGAUGCGAAAAUAAUUGUCGAGCUUGAUAAUAGAAAGAGAGUCCUCUGUGCUGCCCCUGGCGCUAGCGGGAUUUUGUUUACAGGUGGAGAGGAUAGGAAUAUUACAGCGUGGGACACAGCCAGUGGGAAAGUGGCAUAUAGUAUUGAAGAUGCUCAUGCCGCCCGUGUCAAAGGCAUUGUUGUGUUAUCCAAGAACAACGGUGGCUCAGAGGAAGAGGAUCCGUAUAUAGUGGCGUCUGCAUCAUCUGAUGGUGUAAUACGGGUUUGGGAUGUGCGGAUGGCCAAUAAAGGGAAGCCAACUCCACUAGCCGAGGCCAAUACCAAAUCCAGGCUAACAUGCCUUGCUGGAUCAUCUAUAAAAUCCUUGAAACGUCCGCGGUUGGAAAUGCUCAAUCCAGAUGAAAGUCGAGGUGCUGCCGCUGUGGUGUCAUGAUAGCUGUUCUGAGCUGAAUACAUUCGCUAAAAUUACAUCUGGCUCAUUUGUGACCAAAUAUAUCUGCCCUCACUUUUUCCUUAUGGUUUUUGGAUGAAUGCAAAACUUGUGAUUUUCCUUAUACCAUCAGUUUAAACAAUUAUUAGGAAGGAAAGAUACAUCAAUUUUGUGGUUAAAGUAGGACAUGUACAUGAACUAUCCCUUUUUGAUAAUCUUAUGAUCUGUAUCAAUAUGGUCUCUUUCUCCCA